AUGCCAGGUUAUGAUAAAAGGAUCAUGAAUCACCAUCCGAGGAGAUAUAUUGCUCUUAAAGUCAUGUAUUUUGGUCAAAGGUUUUAUGGUUUUGCUUCAGAGGCACAAAUGGAACCGACUGUUGAGUCUGAGAUUUUCAAGGCUCUUGAAAAAACAAGACUUUCAAUUGGUGAUAAGAAGGAAAUACAGUACUCAAGAUGUGGUAGAACAGACAAGGGAGUUUCUGCUGUUGGGCAGGUGAUUGCUCUGUAUUUACGAUCCAAACUCAAGGACGAUGAUAUGCACAACAAACAUUCAGGGGAGACUGUUCCAGAAGAACAAGAUGGUCAGCCAGAAGGGGAAAUUGAUUAUGUGAGAGUGUUGAAUGGAGUCCUUCCAAAAGACAUUCGAAUUGUCAUGGAGAGUGCAGGUAAGAAAUUUAUUGGGGAACACGACUUCAGAAACUUCUGCAAGAUGGAUGCAGUAAAUGUGCACAAUCAUAGGCGACAUGUGACAUCAUUUGAGAUCUCUCCUUGUGAUAUGAGCGACACUAGUGGCAUGGGGAGUAUUGGAUGGAUGAUUAGGAAGCUAAGCAUAAGAACUAAAUUUAAAGGUCAUCAACUUUGUGCUAUAAAAAUUAAAGGUAGUGCUUUCCUGUGGCACCAAGUUCGUUGCAUGGUUGCUGUGCUAUUUAUGAUUGGCCAAGGUCUUGAAUCCCCUGAGAAUAUAAAAUCUGAACAAGAUGAGCACACACAGGAUGGCUCUGAACAAUCUACUGAUGGUGGGGACCAUUUUGAAGCAACAUUUGGUAGAUAUUGGUAUACAGUAGUGAGCAUGAGGAAUCCUCUACGAUAUUUUGAAAGCCAGUUAAGGUGGGCUAUCAAGUCCACUGGAUGCUUCAUUGGAAUAGUAAUAGAUGCAUUACUGGACACUCAAAGGACACCAAGGAAGCCCCAGUAUCUCAUGGCUCCAGAAAUUCCAUUGGUUCUUCUUUCCUGUGAGUUUGAAGGUCUCAAGUUUGCAUGCUCUUCAGAUGCUGGACAAGCUCUGCAUGUUCACUUGGAGAAUGAAUGUCGACUUUACCAACUCCAGGCUGCUAUAUAUCAUGAGGCUCUGUUGAGUCGUUUGCCUUUGCCAAAUGAUAAAGACUGGUCGAGUAAUGGAGUGAUAAGAAAAAAGGCUUCUCAUGUUCCUCUCAUUUCAAGGAUAACUGAGCGUGAGUCCUGCCACACUUCAAAUGUCAUCAUAGAUUUACUUGAACGAUGGAAUACUGUAGAAGGAUGCCUCCAGAUUUUUAAAAUUAGAGGUCAAAGAAGUAAAAAAGAAAUAGGCCCAAUGGUUAAAUCAUUUGAUCAGCUCUUUUGGGCUGCAAGUGGGGCCAAUCAUCGGACGCAAACACAAGCAAUGGCUGUCUCCCAACUCUUUGCUUUGGAUACGUAUGCUGUUGUGGCUUCAAAUCAACUCCUCAUUGUCUAUAUCACAGAUGGGGUAAGGUGGAACUAG